CACAAUUUACCUCCAUAUGUUCGUCUUUCAAGAUAUUUUGCAAAAUUAGUCAAGAAAAAAAUUAUACGUCUUGAAAUUCUGAAAAAACUGCUUUAUUUGCAAUAUAUUCUGAAACCAGAUAUGAGUAACGUAAAAAUGCGAAAAACUAAUAUAACAACAUAUAUUCUUCAUCCAAUGCAAACAAACAAUCAAGAUUGCUAUUCUCAAAAUUCAGAAAACAUGGCUUUAAAUAAUAUUAAUAAAAUGAAACAUUCACCUGUUGAAACGACACAAACAAUGUUGCAAUUUAUAUCAGCACAAAAUGGCAUAUGUGAAAUUAGCAAAAGUUUACCAUUUAUUGGCAUUGAAAGUUCAAUCAAUAAUUUUAUGAAUAAUAAUAAUGUAAAUAAUAAUUUUGUUGGUGGACAAUCUCUUUACCGAUCACGUUUUACUAAUCUUAUUCAUUCAUAUCCAAUUGGUUCUAAUUUCCAUCAAGAUACAUUUAACGAAAUGGAAAAGCGCAUAGAUUCAAUAAAGUGUUGGAAAGAAAAAGGAUUCAUUGAUGAACAGAUUACCAAAAAUUCAAACAUCAAUAAUUGUUGCCAAUUUCAAACAUAUAUACCAAAAAAAAUAUAUCAAACAUCUGAUUUUCAAGCUAAUGUAAUUAGCGUUGGAUCCUUAGAUUCAGGAAUGGUUGAGAAUUAUUGCUUGAAUUCAUCUGAAAUUAAUUCUUCUUGUAAAUUAUGCACAUAUGUUGAUAAUAAAUAUAAUGUUGAACAUCCUCUAAGAAUUUAUUCUAGCGAAAGUGAAAAUGAUGAAAGUAAAUUUGAAUAUCAAUGCAUUUGUACAUCACCUUUUGGUUCUACUCCCAGGAAUAGCAUUCAUUUAUGCAAUUUAUCGAAGCAUAUUGAAAAUGUUCAGGAUCUUUCAAUAUGCAAAACUAAUAUGAAAGAUCACAAUUCUAAGCAUAUUCUUACAACAAAUAAAAUACAAACACAAAUAAAUACAAUUUAUGUACCUUUGAAUAAAUAUGAGCAUAAAGUGCAAAAAAGAUUUACGCAACCUAUACCGUAUAUACAUCAAACUAUAAUACAAAAAGUUGGAAGAAGAGUAAUUCAGCCAAGUCAUCCCAUUGUUAAAAACAAUUACAACGGAACGAAUCAAAUAUAUAAAUCAGGACUAUAUGCCCAUUGGUGGUUGAAGAAAUUUAUACCAUUGUCUGGAUGUUCAGAUCAAGGCAAGCUUCCAUGGCAUGGCUGUUUUAUUUUUUUUUCUCAUUUAAUUAAUGUUUUUGCUUGUUUUAAUACUAAUUAUAUUUUUCUGAGCGCGCGUGACAUAUACACAUACAUAUAGAUAGAUAGAUAGAUAGAUAGAUAGAUA